UCUUCUUCCAGUUCCACAUCUCCACAUCUUCUCUUUGCUCACUUGAAUGUUUCCUUUAUACUUAGCUCUGAAUCUGUAAGGAUUUCAAAGAAAAACCUUUAUAUCUCUCUGAUCUCUUUCUAGGGUUUUUUAGUUAAGUUUGGAAGUUGAAUUAGGAAAAAUAAUCAACAAUAUAUGGAAGCCGUCCCGUUACAUCCUUCUUUCCACCAAUCAACCUCUGCUUACAGACACAGCGGAAGGAUUCACAAAAGAAACAGCCACAUCUUCAUUUCCCGACCUUCUGACAACGUCGACGCUCAUUCUUCAAGCCACCUCUUCAACAUUCAUAGGCCUCCACCAUUUCUCUCUUCCGUUCACUUUUCUGUUCUCAAUCCACAACAGCAGCCACCUCUCCUUCCUCUUCCUGUCCCAAACCCCAAGGCCUAUUCUUCUCUCCCAUCCAGAGACAGAGGCCGCUCAUGUCCUCCAACUAACAGAAGAAGCACCAGAACCAGAGAAAAAGAACUCACACCAAACAAGUCCAAAUCUUCCAUCACCCGUCCUAGAAAACAUGAUUUAAAAUCAACCAUGACGACAACAUCAUCAACGGAGAGUUUGGUGAUCACGUCAUCUCAUCGGUUGGGGCCGGAACCGAGUGAUCUUCCGAAGGAAGUAUCUAGGGUUUUGAAACCUGUAGUCUCAUCAUCAACAUCAACGACUACUGUUACAACGGUCAUUAGAGAUACAGAAAAGUUUUCCGGUUCUAUUUUCUAUCACUCCCCUCCUCCUAGCAGCUUGCCUUUACCGAAAUUCUAUCUGACGCCGAAGCUCAGUUGCAAUGUCGAAGCCUGUGGGAUUGAUGCCAGAGCGACUGAUAAUCUCCGUCGACUGUUACGUCUCCGUUAAUUAUUAUUAUUAUUAUUAUUAGCCUCUCUCUCUCUCUCUCUCGCGCGCGCGCGCGCGCAUGAACUCAUGUGAGAGUUUGCUUUUGUGACGUAGGGGUUUUGUGUAAAUAAGAGAGGGAUUCAGUUCCCAUAAAACGGUGAUCACACAGUAUUCUCACAGCCACUGUAUGGGAAUAUCUCGCGAUAAAUAAAAAAUAUUUGCAAGUAGCUGUGAGGAUGGUGUGAGCAUCGUUUUAUGAGGAUUGAAGCAGGAAGGUUGGAACUUAUGUGAUGAUCAUCACCUGGUGUGUUUUUUUAAUCAGAGGUGCAUUGCAAAGAGUUCAGAUCUUCUACCAAUAAACUUUCACAACACUUUCCCAAUUAGCCAUGAGAGUCGCACAGCAUGCGGGAACAUCUCAUCUCCCCAGUUCCAUGAAUGACAAGAGAGAUGUUGUCAAAGUGUGUGAGUGCAGUGGCCUGUUGGGAGAGUUGGGAGUGUUUUAUUGGUAGCAGAUCCUUACAAUCCAAAGUUUCGAGUUGCAUUGCUUUUGCUUUUUACGUUUA